GAUGUAUGAGCAUGGGUGCCCAGCUGGACCUGGGACAGUGCAGCCACUGCCACCUCCGGCGCAGGCAGGAGAAGCUCCCGGGGAGACAGUAGGCAAGCCGGCGCUGGCAGAUGUGUCGGACACGUCGGAAGAGCUUUGGCAGAGAACAGUUGAUGAGGCCACCUCCUGGUAUAAUCAGAUUGAGACGAUGAUCAUCGCGGCAGCCCCGAAGGAGAUCCGCGAGGAGGUCAGCGCUUCCAGGUUCUUGCAGCAGGCUAUCCCCGAGGCACCAGCAGUAGAGCAGGAGCAGCAGGCCCUCCAACUGAUAGCAGAGCUUGAAGCAGCUAGGUUGGGAGAGUUUCAGCACCAGCUGCAUACAUUUGAGUGUCAGCUCGAGGCGAAGCGAGACCCCGUUGAUCCAUCUAAGGCCUGGGAAAGGUUUGCCAACACCGGGGCGAGACGAGAUGCCCUGUGCGCCUUGUUUGCGCAGCCUUACCUUUGUGAAGUCCCGGAGGACAUAAAGGCAUCUUUAGCCGAGUCCAUCCCGGCUGGGGAGGGCUCUGAGGAUGGUAAGAGUGUUUUGAAGGUCUUACCUUUGAGGCGCUCGUCGAGAAGGCUCCUUCUCAACUCUGACCGAUGGGUCGUGCACCUUUGCUCGGGCAAACCAAGAUCCCCAGAACCCCUAAAGGAGUGGAGCGACCAUAAUGGGAUGUUAAUGCUUCAUGUUGAUAUCCUUGAGAAAGGGGGAAGGGGCUGGGACCUGCUUAAGCAGCAAGGGGUUUGGAGAGCUCUGUUGUGGGCAGCCUCAAAGGGGAAAAUUGCUGCGGUGUUGUCUUCGCCUCCAAGGUACAAGGAAGGGGAAACUGCCAAGCUUCCGUUGCAGGCGAUGGUGUUGUGGUCGUUCGCCUCUGUCAUGCGAAGAGGAGGAAUACCAUAUCUAGCCGAGCAACCUGGUCUUCCCGUAAGCAUCCAAAGUAGCUUUGGCAAGUGGUCAGGUACUGAGGUUCUCUCCUUGAGCCAGGGUGCAUUGGGGGAUGAAUUCUCUAGACCAACUACGGUGCAGACGAAUUUAGAUCUGAGGUAUGUAAGUACCCUCCCAGUAAAGGGGAAGCCUGAGGUACCACCUAACGGCCGGGAGUGGACCCUGCCGUUCCGUAAGGAGGUAGUCCGUGCUCUGAGGGGUUGCCCGUCCACCCCGUCGUGUGAGGAGCUAGAUAGGGUUAUAGUUGAAGCAAAGGAGACCACAGCAUCAGGACGGUGCGAGGAAGCGCAGCCCUGCAUAGGGAAGGUCGACGAUGCCAGCCUGGAGGAGUGGCGAGAACACAUCCUUAAUGGACACGUGCCUUAUAGGAAGGACUGUCGGAGGUGUAUAGAGGGGGCGGGGUUGGGAAUCCAACACCGCAAGGUGAAAUAUCCGCAUAGCUAUGCACUAUCAGCAGACCUCUUCGGGCCAGUUCCUCCAGACCAGCGAACGAGAUGA